UUCUUUCACUUUCGCUUCGUCGUCCUGAGGUUUAACUUCCUUGAAACACUCCACCCUUUCUCUCUCCCUCUUUCUCUCACACACACUCGUAACAGACAACGAAGUGAACAUUAUUUUUGAAAUAUUUCCUCUGUUCAUGUCUUUUGGUUUUUAAACUUCUCAUUAUGUCGGGUCAGGAGGAGCAGGUGAACGGAGAGCUUUCCAAGCAGAUUGUUCAAAAGACAUCAGAAGAUGAGCUGAGGAAUGCCAGGGAGGAGCUGGAGAAAUGGAAAAAAUUAGUGGAGGAUGCAGAUACAGAAAAAUCCCGGUUGUUUCUGGAGAAAGUGGAUACAGAAGAGGCAAAGAGGAAAGCACAGCAGGAGACCACAGAUUUGAUGAACGCUGAAGAGCAACUUACAGCCAGCUUCAGCAAAACAGUGAAUGAUAUACAGAUGGAUAUAAAUGACAUGAUAAAGGCUAACCAGGAUCUGCAGAAAAAACUCCAGCAGAAAAUGGCGCAGCUCAAAGCUAAGAAGGCUGAAACGGACAAUUUGCAACAGAGAUUUAAGAUCAAAGCUCAGAUCCCUGAGAAAAGAAUGAAAUUUACUCGCAUCGAACGAAAUGAGGAAGAUGAGAGUGAUGAGCAAGAGCCUGCUGGUCAGGAUAUCAGGGCAGUGUUCACCGUCAUCCAGAGACCUUUCUUUCUGUUGAAAGGUGGCGAAGCCCUCCUCACUUUUGAAGAAGAGAAAGUUGCGGAUCAGAUCCUCAGGCUGCCGAAGUGCACUGUGGCCUGCGACAAAACCAGGAGUGAAGUAAAGCCAGGCGCCUUAACUCUUGAACCUUCUGCAAAAUUUGAGGUGCAUAUUAAGGUGUCCAAGAGGACCAUUGAGUUCUCAAACGCUGCUGCUUGUCUGCCUGAGGAACGAAUGAGAGACCGCUUGGAGCUCGGCUUCUCAAAACCAAGCCUUGGUGGAGGCGAGGUGGAGAGAAUAGAAUACGAUGUGAAGACUGGAGCAGGCCGCAUUACCUUCCUCAAAACUGGAGUUGCAGAGAAUUUGACCCUUAGGGGAAAUUUCUACGUAGAUAUCGGAGACGGGAUGGAAGUCAGCGUGGCACCACUGUAUGACUACCAGCUGAAGAAGUUCCAGACGUUCUUGGGGGUGCCAAAGCGUACCGUACUGCUCAGAGGCAUUCAGGAUGUAAGUGAUGAGGAAGAUAUGCAGGACCACCUGGAGAUCCAUUUCCAGAAGCCCAGCAACUAUGGCGGAGAAGUGGAGAGCAUUAAAUAUGUCCCGCAUGGAAAGAAAGUGAGGGCUUUCUUCAAUGAGGACUGCGCUGAAGUGGAAGCAUAAUUUAAGUUUAAGCAAAUCAUCUGCAGAUACAGCACACAACGCUUAACUGCUGAGUGACAAGCAGACUCUUUCUUAUAGCAAUCUCAUGCCAGAUUGAUCUUUUCCUAUAUAUAACUCAGGUAAAUGUGGUAUCAUCAGGUAUAUCUUUACUAAGGGCUGGCUUAUGAUUUGGUUUUCCUUCUCAAAAAUGGUCAACGCAAUUAGCUUGAACAAAUAAUAAUAAUGUACUGUAACUCCCUUUAAUAUUUUACUCAGAGAUGGCUUAUGCUAUGUGAAACAGAUGACUAAUUAUUGAAUGUUAGCGAAAUUGGGUUUUAUGCACAAGGAUUAUCACAGAAAAAGCAGCGAUUGCCUUAUUUUUAUUUCAAUAUUUCUGAUUCACACUAUUAAUUGUGAGUAUAUUUUCUCUGCUCGAUGUUAACCAAGCUUGAUAUCCUUUUAGGUCACAAAUAAACCUUAUUUUAUUCAA